AUGAAGCCGUCCACAUCCACCAAGGCCAUCACCAGCACCGCGCCCAGGGAGUUCAAAUCUCAAUCUGGCAGCCCCGCUUCGCCCCCAGACGACAGCAUCCGCUUCCACGGGGUGCACCAUGUCGGCCUCCUCUGCUCCUCCCUCUCCCGCUCCCUGGACUUCUACUGUGGGGUGCUGGGCCUGGCCAUCAACCCCGACCGCCCCGACGCCAAGCUGCCCUACGCCGGGGCCUGGCUCUGGAUCGGCCCGGAGAUGAUCCACCUGAUGGAGCUCCAGAAUCCCAACCCCAACCCCACCCCCGACGGCGUGGGGGAUGGCAUGACGCGCGACCGGCACACGUGCGUGGGGGUGCACACCGUCAAGCCCCUGGAGGAGAGGCUCGAGGCGCACGGCAUCCCCUUCCAGCGCUCCGCCAACCGGCCCGCCAUCUUCUUCAAAGACCCGGACAACAACUGCCUUGAGGUAGUGGAGAUCCGGCCGUGGCGGCAGGGUCAGUGA